GUCUGUAUGACCGACCGAUAACUGAAAGUAGGCCACCGUUCAUUGGAUGCAGAGUCAUGCACUUUGAGUUUAAGAAGUGGUGCAGAUUUAAAGAUUCAUGAACUUAUCCUAAGUAUUAAACGUAAAAAUUAAUACACAUAAAAAUGUUCAACUUACGUAAGUGUUUAAUGAUUGUUUGGGUAAAUACUAUUCAUGGACUUGUUUCAUUUAUUUUAAAGCAUAUUUUUAAUAGGGCCUACGAUUACAAAGACUCGGUUCGAUCGUUCAGAGAUGUAUUGAACGAACGUUCUCUUAGAUGUUUCCCAUAUUAUUCCUACAUACGGUGACCUGCUAACAGAGUAUUUUUUAUUUACAUUUUUUAAAAACUGCAUUUUCUUAAAAAUAUGUAUUGUAAAAUCUGAGACCUUUAAACACCUUAUUACUUUCAAGAAAUUUUUAAAAAAAAAUAUUUUUUUUUUGUAAAGUGUGGGGGUGGGGAUUGAAGGAACAAAGAAGUUGAAAACAAAGAUAUCUACCAUCAUUAAGACGAGUCUUAAUUGAAUAUCAGCUAAGUCCUCACCGGUUCCGAAAUCUUGAUAAAGUGCACAUUGGCAUUAAUUUGACUAAUAUAGUUUUAAUGUUAUUUAUGUUUAUUCAAAAUAAGAAGUAUUUUAUGCAUGAUAUCUUGUUCAAUUUAAACACUUCCUUUUUUAAAAAAAUAAAGCAGCAGCAUAAGUUGUUUUCAAAUUUUGAAAUAUAAAUAUGAUAGUCCAUUUAUUUCUGACAGUUUUUCAUAACAGAUAUUUAGAGAAUAGCUUACAUAAGUAAAAGGGACUUCGCUUGACUUACGGAGGUCCCCAAAAAUUUUAAGAUGUUGUGUCCCCCCGCAUUCAAUAUUGAUAAUUAAAAUUUUUCCCGAUUAUAUAUUUGGGCCCCUUAAAUAUCCGAGGCCAACGCGACGAAUAUGAUAAUCAGACUUGAUAACUGGAUUGCGUUUGCAGCAAAAAUAACCUCAAUGCAUUUUUUUUUUAAAUGAUUGAUGCAUACAUUCAAUAGAUCCCCUUCCCAAUUUAAGAAUUGCUAUUUCAAUGGUUGGGUUUGUGGACGAAAAAAUAUAAGUAUUAAUAAUAUAUUCUUUUUUUUUUAAAUCAUUUUUCAAAACUACAUUUUCCCCACUUAUUCUUAAAACUUUUUGAAACAACAUUAACAAUUCAACUUAAUUUUUAGUGUUUUAAAUAUAUUCAAUGAAUAUUUAAAAAGAAAAGAAUCUAUGUUUCUUUGGGAAUUUAAUGGCAGUGAAUAAAAUUGAUUUUGUCAUGUUGAUAACAAUAUUUAAAAUUAAUUGUUAACUUGUUUAUUUCAGUCCUGUUCAUAUCAACACUCAUAUUCAACUUAAGGGGAGGUAAGUAUUUCCUGAAAUUUUACCAGUAUAUUAUCAGUUAUUACCAAUGACACAAAAUACAUAAAUAAAUCUUAAUUUUUAACAAAAAUAUAACAAUUGUAAGACCAGGGAUCCUCAAUAAAAUUGCAAAGUUUCUUUUAACUCAAAGAGAGCAAAUAUUUGGCACACCUGUAAGUAGAACAACACAUAUAGAAGAAAGACUAUGACUAAUUUGAUGUUUUAAAAUGGUGGAUUAGAAAUCUAGAAAUUUGAUGAAGUGGUUUAGCUAUUGCAAAACGUGUUUUUUUGGAUACUUAAUUAUUUUUAUAUACGUAAUAAUCAUAUAUAAAUUAUAAAUUAAUUUUGAGAUGCACACUUCGUUAUUUACUGGAUUGGUUUUAAACGUGAGUUGGCCAAAGACAGUCUGUUGAAUUAGCGUGAAGCAUGUUAGUGGGAAGACUGCGAUCACGUGAGUUGGCCAAAGACAGUCUGUUGAAUUAGCGUGAAGCAUGUUAGUGGGAAGACUGCGAUCACGUGAGUUGGCCAAAGACAGUCUGUUGAAUUAGCGUGAAGCAUGUUAGUGGGAAGACUGCGAUCACGUGAGUUGGCCAAAGACAGUCUGUUGAAUUAGCGUGAAGCAUGUUAGUGGGAAGACUGCGAUCACGUGAGUUGGCCAAAGACAGUCUGUUGAAUUAGCGUGAAGCAUGUUAGUGGGAAGACUGCGAUCACGUGAGUUGGCCAAAGACAGUCUGUUGAAUUAGCGUGAAGCAUGUUAGUGGGAAGACUGCGAUCACGUGAGUUGGCCAAAGACAGUCUGUUGAAUUAGCGUGAAGCAUGUUAGUGGGAAGACUGCGAUCACGUGAGUUGGCCAAAGACAGUCUGUUGAAUUAGCGUGAAGCAUGUUAGUGGGAAGACUGCGAUCACGUGAGUUGGCCAAAGACAGUCUGUUGAAUUAGCGUGAAGCAUGUUAGUGGGAAGACUGCGAUCACGUGAGUUGGCCAAAGACAGUCUGUUGAAUUAGCGUGAAGCAUGUUAGUGGGAAGACUGCGAUCACGUGAGUUGGCCAAAGACAGUCUGUUGAAUUAGCGUGAAGCAUGUUAGUGGGAAGACUGCGAUCACGUGAGUUGGCCAAAGACAGUCUGUUGAAUUAGCGUGAAGCAUGUUAGUGGGAAGACUGCGAUCACGUGAGUUGGCCAAAGACAGUCUGUUGAAUUAGCGUGAAGCAUGUUAGUGGGAAGACUGCGAUCACGUGAGUUGGCCAAAGACAGUCUGUUGAAUUAGCGUGAAGCAUGUUAGUGGGAAGAAUGCGAUCACGUGAGUUGGCCAAAGACAGUCUGUUGAAUUAGCGUGAAGCAUGUUAGUGGGAAGAAUGCGAUCACGUGAGUUGGCCAAAGACAGUCUAUUGAAUUAGCGUGAAGCAUGUUAGUGGGAAGAAUGCGAUCACGUGAGUUGGCCAAAGACAGUCUGUUGAAUUAGCGUGAAGCAUGUUAGUGGGAAGACUGCGAUCACGUGAGUUGGCCAAAGACAGUCUGUUGAAUUAGCGUGAAGCAUGUUAGUGGGAAGAAUGCGAUCACGUGAGUUCGCCAAAGACAGUCUGUUGAAUUAGCGUGAAGCAUGUUAGUGGGAAGAAUGCGAUCACGAGCUUAUUUGGAAAUAUGAAAAAAUAGAGAAGUAAAACCCGUUAGGGAAACAUCACCGUUCAACAUAUUGUGCGUGCCAGUCGUGAUAUAUGAAGAAUAGUUCUCACCUUGUUUCCAUUCCUUGUUGCUAUGUUUACUAUUUCCCCAAACUAUUCUCCCUCAGUUGACGGCCUGGCGUGUUACAAGUGUAGCAUAAUCUCAGACCCUUUAACCUGCGCUACCACAGAGUUGUGUCCUCCUAUGAGCGUAAGACACAAAAUUCAUUGAACACAAGCGAUUGAAUCUUUGAUUUUUACCUAAUGCUAAUGAAAAUAUUUAUUAGUACUUCUUUUUUUUCCUUUUUCAUUAAUUUGUAUAGUAUUAUUAUUAUUUUUUUUUUUUUUAUUUGUUCCCCAAUACAUUUUAUUUAUUUAUUUUUUUGGCUGGCACUUGUUUUCAGCAAUGUUUCACAGAAAGGAUCCAGGAAGGUACCCGAGGCUCAUAUUUUAACAUGGGAUGUGAAACCUGGGCGGUGAGUUGUCACAAUAAAAGGACAUUUCAAAAAAUGUAUUCAAAACGAUUUUAAGAGACUUUAAAAAAAAAUGUAUCAUAAUUGUAAUGUUUGCCAUUGUAGAAAACUAAUGAGUUUAAAAUUAAGAGUGUAAAUACUUAAACAUGGAUCAUUUUUCCCCCUUUUUUCCGAUUCCUGCAAUCGUAUUUAUUCAUAAUUCAGAAGGAUUUGCAAAGUUUAUUGUAAGAUUGAGGGACAUGACAUCUGACAGCCUGUAAAAUGUUGACUAUUAGAUACGUUUUGAAGUACUAGCUACUAUAUCUCGUUAUCAUAGCUUUAAAUACAUAUUAGACUAGUCUGUUGUUGUCAGCCCCUCGCACUCUGCUUUAUGUUUAAAAAAAAGUGUGUGUGGGGGGGGGGGNUGUAAGCUAGUACAAAAAAAGUCCUGCGAAAUAUUACAUUACGAAUGGGGGGGGGAGAGGGGGGGCGUGGCUGUCAGGCCGCGAGCUACAUGCGUGACAGUUGAACUCAGGUAAAAAGGUUGAAUUGUUUUCGGAGGUGACUAUUAUAAAAAUCAAUAAAGAGCUACGGGUAUUGUGUAGGACUGUCUAUAGGACUAUCUGUAGGAUUGUCUGUAGGACUAUCGUUUAAAGGCUGGCAGGUAGUGUGUACGAUUGUCUGUAGGCUUUUUCAUAUAAAAUGAGAAGUUAAAUCUCUUUUAUUUUCACACCUAGACCCACCGGAUAUUUUCUCAAAAUACCCUGGACCGGUGUAAAAAUUGCAAUCGCCGGUUAAACCUUAGUUUAAUUAUAAUUUGAUAAAGCCAACUGUUUAACUUUGAAAUUUUAAAAAUUAUGUGUGUGGCUGUUUUGGAGUCUAGUAGCUUUCAUCACCAUGUAUGUCUAGUUACGCCAAGGUUGUUUCUUUGUAUAACAACACCUUCAUGUGUCGCAUUUGCUGCUACGUUUAAAGGCUGGCGACUGCCCGAAACAAGACACCAACGAUCCAUUGGUUGGGAAGAGAAGCGACGAGACCGACUUGGUCUCACGCAACAGGACGAGCCGAGAAGUCGCGUGUAAACAGUGCUGCACAUUUGAUAACUGCAACCGUGGAUUCAACUGCGCCUUGACAAGUGAGCAUUGAAUCUUCUUAAAUACGAAUUGUUGUCACACUAGUGGCGUGAAUGAUUUGUAUGGAAACGGUGUUUGGUGUAGAGAGUGUAUGUGUAGCUGUAUCUAUAAUAUGCUGGGUCGUAUACGUGUAAGGAGAGACGACGUGUUAGUGUUUGUCGGGGUGGUGUUUUUGGAAGGAAAGCAGUGAUGGAGUGUUCUAUUUUUUUUUGGAGUUGAAUAUUUAAUAAAGAGACGAUUGUUCUAUAAAACAUUGGCUUGUUAAGUAAGUGAAUUACCAUAGACAGCGAAGGUAUUGAGCUGACGAUUCCCGGUUCUAAGUACGAAUUUAUGACAGCUCUUUCUUCUUAUCAAGUAAAACUCUAUUCAGAUAGAUUUUUCUCCAGUUUAAUAUCCGUAUAAAGGUCUGGACGUUGGUGCUGACGUCUAUACAGAGAGAUAUGAGUAGGUAAGGUGGAGAAAGUUGUCAGUGAUCUAUCAAUAAAUCCGGAUGACAUGUAAAACCUCACCAGCCGCCAACGAAAUAGUUUAAGAUUAAGAUUCAAUUUUUUAUUAUUCCAAACAGAUCGAUAUUUCUGAAUAUGGUUAGAAUAUUUUUGUUCAAUAUAAUGGUGGGUGGAUGGGACUCACUGCGAGCCUUGAGCGGCAACUUUUCUAAGAGAAGGAAAACUCUGAAUUCAAACCAGAAGCCAGAAUGAUCAAAUAAAAAAAUAUAUGGGGGCCCCAAAAAAAAAAAAAAAAAAAAAAAAAAAAAAACUAAAUAAAAUUAUUAUUAUUUUUUUAAAUAAGUUUUUUAUUUAAAUUCAGACAUCCCUUGUUUUCUCUAUGGUAGUUGUGUUGCCACAAAUUAACUAUUUAUUAUAAUUUUUUAAAAAAAUGAAUAGAAAUUAACUGCACACAUAUUUUUUGUAGAUUAUGUACACACAUUUGUAUUCCGUAGCGAGAGCACCCGACACGCCCCAGUACGCCGCUUGGCUGGCCGUGCGUCUGCUCCCGGAGCUUAACAAAAACAACUUCGAAGGGACCAUAGAGGUCUACUACAACGGCCGUUGGGGGACCAUCUGUGACAGCAACUGGACGGACACUGAUGCCCUGGUUGCCUGCAGGAUGUUGGGUUAUCUUGGGUUGGUUUGUUAUUUGUUCAGAUUGCAGACAUUUUUUGUUUGUUAAAUCGUCUAUAUCAGGCCUGCACAACAUACGGCCCGCGGGCCGCAUUUGACCCGCCAGCACCCACUUGGCGGCCAGAGAAAUAACGAAAUAUUUUUUAUUAUUAUUAUUUUCUUUAUAACUUUCCCCCCUGUCCUAUCAUCUUUCGGCCUGCACAAGCAUUUAAUAAAGUAUUAUAUAUAUAUAUAACUUAUUAUACAUUUUAUUCAUACAUAUAUAUAUAUAUAUAUAUAUAUAUAUGUAUGAAUAAAAUGUAUAAUAAUUUGAAAACUAAUUAAUUAGUGUAGCUAAUAGGAUGAACUCUAAUAAAUGUAAUUUUGGUGACGUAUAUUUUAAUGGUAUGCAUCGUUGAAAACGAAAUUCUUUAAACACGCAGAAAUAUUUCGGUCUACUCAGUUUCGUGAUAAACGAUUUUCACCGUGCGACAAAUUUAGCAUACGUUAAAAUACUUUUUUGAGAAAAAAAAAAACAUCAAUAAAAGGAUACGAUUUUAUAAAUUGUUAAAAACAAAAUGGGUACCUUACAUUUUUUGAAUGGACAGCUCCUAGCUACUGUUUAUUUGCUCCUAGCUACUGUUUAUUUGCUCCUAGCUACUGUUUAUUUGCUCCUAGCUACUGUUUAUUUGCUCCUAGCUACUGUUUAUUUGCUCCUAGCUACUGUUUAUUUGCUUCCAGCCACUGUUUAUUUGCUACUAGCUAGUUUUUAUUUGGUCUUUGCUGGUGUUUAAUUUGCUACCAGCUAGUGUUUAUAAAGAUCCUAGCAAGUGUUUAUUUAAUCCUCCCAGCUAGUUUUAAUGUGUUCCUAUCAAGUCUUUAUGUACCACAUGUGAAAAAGCCUUAAAAUAUAUCGAGAUUUCCGUGAAUCUCCAGACAAGGCGCUUCAGCGAAGAAUGGGAGCGUACUCAGCUCCAACGUCCAGACCUUGAUGCCCAAUGUCGAGUGCUCCGGGCUCGAAGACAGUCUCGCCGACUGCGGCCACGGUCCACUCGGCAGCCACAGCUGUGGGGACACCAAAGAUGCUGCCGUCACAUGUUCGUCAGGUGAGUCCUUGUUUGAUACCUACAUACAUUGGAAAUGGGAAUGUCGUCUGCUACACGCCUCUGGAUUCGCCAUAUGACCUCACAAGACAAUGAAUUAUUAAGCAGAUAACGAGAAGCAUGUUGUUCUCACAGGUUGCGAAAUGUUGCUCCCUGUAUUAGAUCAGUCAUGAGGUGUUGCCAUCCAUGAAGAGACGCAAGCCAACUUGUUGUCCCAUAUUUAUACUUUCAAUAAGUGUGUCGAGAUUUUACGGAAAAAGUGUGGGUUUUUUUAAAAAUUAAAAUACCAUUUUAAUUGAGAUAUUGAACAAUAUAAUAAUUAGAUCAAAAAAACUUAUUUCAAGCUUAAUCAACAACAGACACAAUAUCAAAAUAAAUAAUAUUUAUUAUGUGUAAAUAUCAAAUUAAUAUCAAAUGUUUCCAACUUUUCAAAACUAAUUGGAGAGUAGUGUUUUAUUCAAUUGUUAUGAAAUAAAAGUUGAUUUGCAAACAUAAUGUGGACAUUCGAUCUAACCAAUCAGAGGACACAGAUGAUGGCGCCAUAUUCAUGGUGGACGCACUCAACAGCACCUUCAUCAGGAUGGACGUGAGGACGACCUCCUACAGCUACGUCCGGGUUGAGGGCGUCUCCAACCCGGGCAGCUUCGAUUACGAUCCCACGGAGGAGCGGAUCUAUUUCCCCGACGAAUCGUACCAGCAGAUCAACAGCAUGAGAUUUGACGGCACGGACGUCAGGAAUGUCAAGCAGCUGAACUUAAGUAGGUCAAGUCAGGGAUGUUAGACGAUUGAACUUAAGUAAGUAAGUAAGGUUUAGAAUGUUCAACAACUGAAUUUAGGUAAGUUAAAUCAGGGAUGUGAGACAAUUGACCUUAAGUAGGCCAAGUCAGGUAUUGUAAACAACUGAACUUAAGUAAGUCAAGUCAAUGAUGCUAGACAAAUGAACAUAAGUAGGCCAAGUCAGGGAUGGUAAACAAAUGAACUGAAGUAGGUCAAGUAGGGGAUAUUAGACAACUGAACUUAAAUAGGUCAAGUCAAGGAUGCUAGACAAGUGAACUUAAGGUAGUCCAAACAGGAAUGUUAACCAACUAAACUAAGGAGCGCUCAACAUACCUGGUUGAAAUUUUGGCUGCGUUAGAUAAGUUUAUAACAUGAUUAUAACCUAGUGCCUCACCACGAUGGUUUUAUAGCUAAGAUUGGGGAGCUUUUGGAAUGUUCUUAAUUUAAACACAAUCCUAAUCACAGCGGCUGAAGACAACAUUUCGGGCGGCGAUGGCGUCUCUAUUUUAUGGUGAAAACAGUCAUACACAUGAAAAUUAAUGCCUUGUCAACAUUUUCAUGGCUGGUUUGUUCUAAACAUUUCAACAGAUUCAAGGCCAGACAACGUCAAAAUUGACCCCAUCAACCGCCUCCUCUUCUUCACCGACAAAUCUCUCAAUCUCAUCUCUUCUAUGAACUUGGACGGCGGCGACUUCCAGAACGUCCUUACGACGGGCACGGACACGCCUCGUGGACUGGCUCUAUAUCCGGACACAAAGUAAGCUUCGCAGUGGCGACGCCAUCAAAUUUAACAUGGCGGGUCCCUUGCAGAUCUUUAAAAAAAAUGUGGCGGGUCUAAAAUAAAUGUAUUAAAAAUAAAAAUUUAAACAUAUAAAGACAUUUAAAAUGGAAGUUCUCUUACAUGUAAUGUAGUUUACGCUUAAUGAGCAUAUAUACAAUAUUAGUAACUAAUAAAAAUUUACCAGGUCAUUUGCCAGGUCCCAAGAUUUUUUUUUACCAGGUCCUGGGACCCGGCGGGACCUGGUGUAGCGACGCCACUGAAGCUUCGUGCUAAACUUUACCUUUUGCUGGGACUUAAUUCCAACUUUGAACUUCGUUUUUGUUUUACCAUGUGGACUAAAGUUAAUUAGCUUUAAAAUUUUAAAAAAAAAAAAAUUUCCAAGUCGGUCUUCAAAAUAUAAGACUUACUCCAAGACUAAAAGUCAUUGUAAACAGAAAGUAAUGCUGUUCUUGUACAUAAGAAUCCUCUCUUGCGUUUUUUUUUUCAGAACGCUGUACUGGACGGACUUGGGAGAGACACCAAAGAUAGAAUCUGCUAACUAUGAUGGCACCAACAGGAAAGUACUAGUCAGCACUAACCUCAAAACUCCGAAUGCCCUCACCAUUGACUUUCAAAGUAGGUGGGAAAAGUCUUAAGUCUACUCCAAAGUAGGUAUACAAUGUCCAAAUCAUGUCCAAGGUAGAUGCAAUAAGUCAAAAGUCUAAUCCAAAGUGAAUGAAAAAAAGUUCCUGUGUUGGACGGAAAUGGUUUUCUUCCAGCUAAUCGUCUGCGCAAUUGUUUCGGGGACAUAAGUGUAGCCUCUAUUUCUUUCAUUUCUACGGCAGUCGUGGCUGUUGUGUGCAAUGUCUGGUAGCAUUUCUACGGCAGCCAUGGCUGUUGUGCGCAACGUCUGGCCGCAUUUCUACGGCAGCCGUGGCUGUUGUGCGCAACGUCUGGCGGCAUUUCUACGGCAUAUAUAGAGUGACUUCCUCUCUGAGCGCAUUCCUCCCAUUGGUAAAUACUGAGUGAACAAACUUUUCCCUGAAAGACAUUAUUUACCACUUUUCAUCAUAGGACUCUUAAACCCUUGACUUUACCCUGGCGUUCGUAGUUAUCAAUCUCGGUUGUAGCUCGUGUAUAUAUGCCUGGAACGGGUUGCAGCUCAAGGUGGCUCCUCUUGCCGUAUUCGAGCCGUCCAUUGCUCGCACGGCGCAGGAGCUGCGGGAGUUCUCUUAUUUGGUGUCUUUCAUCCGGGGACUUUACCCUCUUUCCCAUUAGCCCCAAUCAUUUUUUUUUUUGUUACCAGUACAAUUUAAAGGUUUUAUUUCCGCUUGUCCCCUAUGGAUAGGGGGUUAUUGUAUGUCCGGGUGCAUCGUGGUUAUUUAAAAAAUUCUCAGAAUUAUUUAUAUGAACUCUUAAUUUGAAACUACGUUGUCAGAUCUCUCAGUCCUUGAUUGGUUUACAUCAUCAGGGCACCUUCUCUUCUUCGUGGACAGCGGCCUCGGCACGAUUGAAAGCUUGGACCUACAAGGAAACAACCGAAAACUCCUACAUCAAGACUCCAGCGCGCAGUUUUACUCCAUCGACCAGUUUGACAAAUUCCUUUACUUUACGGACUGGAGUAAAGGGUAUUUUAAUAGCACUUGAUUUAUUCUGAAAUAGAGGGUAUUGUAGCUACAUUUGAAUCAUUACUGACAAUCCAAAAAAGUGGUUUUACAUAACAAUAUAUUAAAAAAAAAAUUAUUGUUAUUGAACAGUAGACAACUGUAGUCUUCUGCAGUGCUGCCAAUGUUGUAAUUAAAUUAAUGAAAUAAUCUUCCCUAUUCCCCUUUAAGAUCUCCAAUGAAAGUCUACGUGGACGGCUCGGGACUGCAGUACGUCGGACCCCCUGUCUCUAAUAAACUAAUGGACAUUCGACUGCACAGCCGAUACAACACUGACAUUCCAGGUUGUAACCUCUUUAGCUGCAUGGCUUGGAGUUGGUCACAUAACGACAAAAAGCUAAGCGUCAUUAGACCCCUUAGGAAGAUUGGCUUAAUGUAGCUCUUCUCAAAACACAAAAAACAUUCUUGGAAAGUCGAGCAGAGAAAAAUGCUUUAGCUUUUCUUUUAUUCUUUUUUUUUUUAAUGUUUAAAGUUGGCGGUUUUUUUUCUUCCCAUCAACUAUUAACAAAACUUGAGAAAAUUUUGGGAAGUUUUUAUUGUUACAUAUGCUCUACACUAGAUCACUGUUACAGAUGUUCUACACUAGAUCACUGUUACAUAUGUUCUAAGCCAUGUCAAUGCCACAGAUGAACAACACUGUAUCAUUGUCACAGAUGUACUACACUAUAGAAACGUUUUAAAAACUGAUAGCAAGUUGCCAACGGUACACUAAUAGUUUAUUAGAUUCCGAGUGUUUAACACGUCUCAUUCAUAUUUUACUGAAUUUGUACUCUAUGAUUCUUUUCAUUAUAUUAUCAAACAUCAAUGCAUUUUUAUUUUAUAUAUAUAUAUAUAUAUAUAUAUAUAUAUAUAUAUAUAUAUAAUAAAUACCGCUUCGUUUAUACAUUAUUUCUCUUGUUUUUUUCAUCCUGUAGGAACGGCAACUCAGUCAAUACACUAAUAGUUUAUUAGAUUCAGAGUGUUUAACACGUCUCAUUCAUAUUUUACUGAAUGUGUACUCUAUGAUUCUUUUCAUUAUAUUAUCAAACAUCUAUGCAUUUUUAUUUUAUAUAUAUAUAUAUAUAUAUAUAUAUAUAUAUAUAUAUAUAAUAAAUACCGCUUCGUUUAUACAUUAUUUCUCUUGUUUUUUUCAUCCUGUAGGAACGGCAACUCAGUCACCAUUCGUGUUUGACCCGGCUGAGGUGUUCGUGCGCCUCAUGGGGACCGCUGACUGGAGCAGUGGACAAGUUGAGUUUUACGCCAAUGGCCAGUGGGGAAAGAUCUGUGACGACACCUGGGAUGACAGGGAUGCAACCGUCGUGUGUGGCAUGCUGGGAUUUGAUAGGUAGAUUGAUGGUUCAUUUUUUUUCCAGCAGUAAACACACACCAGCUUUAGACGAUUGUAUGCUAUUUUUUAUGCGGAUAAAUAUCACAAAUAGUAAACAACUAAAUGGAUGAAAUAAGGCAGGGGUGCUCAACCUGUGGGUUGCAAACCUAUUGGGGGUGUGUCGAAAGACCCUUACAUAAGGGUUGCCUUAAACCAUCGGGAAACACAUGAAGUAGCAACGAAAAUAAUGUUAUUUUUGGGGUCAGCGCAAGAUGAGGAACUGUAUUAAAGUGUCAUUAGGAAGAUUGAGAACCACUGAAAUAAGGGAUUCAAUGUAACUCAACCAAAUAUCUCUUUAUUUUUUUAAACAGUAGAAGAUUUAUUAGCAUAAAGCUAGUGUCAUUUAUUUUUUUAAAAAUUUCCCUAUCCAUUAAAAGCGAUAAUUUUCUUUCCAUUUCCUGUGUCCCAUUUUAUAAAUUUCACUUUCACUUUCAAUCAUUUGAUCACUAUUGCACUGGAGAUUCACCCAGCUAAAAUCACUGAAAUCUAGCUUGGCCUCACUUUACAAUGUUUAAGGAAAAAUGUACUUUUUAAGCUAAAAUGUUUGAGGUAUACAGCCCAGCCUCUUCAUCACAGCUAUCUAAGAUCACAUCCGACUCUCCUCAUCACAUAUAUAUUGAUAUAGCAUUCACAUUUUCAUAACAGAUAUCUAAGAUUACAUACCAUAUGUAUCACAUAUACCAACGAUCAGCUCGACCAGGGGGCAUUCCUCCCCUUAAAUUUAGGACUGGAAGAUUUCAAAAUUCAUUUGCUUCCUAGUCUAUCAGACUUUACCAGCGAGCUCCCUCUGAUUUUGCGAAAUCUAAAUAAUCACCCUUGCUGUUAAAAUUGCAACUGGGGAGUGAAGUCUUAUGACAGAUUGCAGCGGUUUCUAAAAAUUGUAUAAGUUAAUAAUCUCUCGAGUGGUGUUGAACGUUAUAUGAUCACCUUAACACAAAAAAAAAAAAGUAAACACAAUGUCAUAUUUAACAUAACGCUUGCAGUGUAUUAAGCAGCAUACAGUUUGCAAGUAUAUCAAUUAGCACUGGUUCUUAUGUUUCAGGACAAAGGCCAAAGCUCAGGUCACCAAUCAGCAGGCCACGGGCAGGGGUUACGGCAUGAACUCCCUCGACGUGGUUCAGUGCACGGGAACCGAAGACCACAUCGCCAAGUGCGGGAUCACACCAAAGAACUGGAACGUGCACAACUGCUCUCGCAGUGGGCUGGCUGGUGCCAUCUGUGAGCCGCCGCAACAAGCUGGUGUACCAGGUAGGUCGGUCUCUUAGACAGUUACAGGUGAUCUCCAGACGGCUACAAGUGAACUCUAGGCAGUUACAGAUGUUCUCUUGACAGUUACAGAUGAACUCUAGACAUAUACAGAUGAACUGUAGAAAGUUACAUGUUUUGUCUUUAAUUUUGAUGAGCUUAAUUAAGUUCCAUGGGCGCCCGCAGAAAACUUUCCAGGGGGGGGGGCAAAAAAAUCGAUUACCUUUCCAGGAGGGGGGCAAAAAUUUUUUAGUAAUGUUUUAAUGUAGUUUUAAUCUACUGUAGCGUAUUUGUAUGGUGAACGAACGGACAGGACAUCAGCUUAGUUGCUUUCUCUUUAUUUUCUCUUUACUUUAAUAAUUUUUUUGUCUAUUCUUGUCUAAUUUUUUUUUAUCCAAUCGGGGGGGGGGGGGGGGGGGCAAGUGCCCCACCUUGCCCCUACCUGCGGGCGCCCAUGUUAAGUUAAUAUAACGAUUAUGUUGUUGAUGAUGACCUAUAUGUCUUAGCUUGUUUAAGUUUCAUGACAAAAGCAUCUUUUGAUUUUUAGCAUUAUAAUUUCAACUAUACCCAGAUAUCCUCGCAUAAAGCAAAAUAGAUUAGAUGAGACGACACCAAAUAAUUGUUAAACUGCCCUGUAUUUAUUACCAGACCCGACAUUUGACAACUUUGUACUUUUCUACGACGUCUACGAUGGACAACUGGUGAAAGUGGAUCAGAGAACGUUCGGGUAAAUAUAAUUUUCUAUCUGUCAGUGUUUUUUUAAAUUUUUAAAAAAAAAAAUUUCACAUAUGUCGGAUGCAGUGGAUGUCUAGUUGUGUUUCUUGUGUCCCACUGUGUUCUUUAUGCGUUCCACGUCGCGAUGGUUGCCAGAUUUUUCAUUGUUUCAAUGUCAUACCACGUGCGGGACUCCAUCUCAGAGUUUGUCUUCUACCACAUCUUCUUCUUCUAUAUCUUAAGGGCCCACGAUCAAUUUAUUGAUCAUUUUGGCUCCUAUGCAUGUAGAUGGGAUUUGCAAUGUUUCUGUUACUGGUGGUGAUGAGGAAAUUAUGAACUAGGGGUUUGAAGGCUUGAGGCAAUAGACACAAAUGUGUCUAGUGUUGUCGCCUCAACUGUUCCUUUUGAAAGAUGGUUCCAGUCCCUGAUUGUCUUGGGCAGGAAUGAGCAGCUCCUAUACUGGCUUCUUGCUGGUAUGAGCCUGAAUUGCCUGUCAUGGCCUCGUCGCUGUCUAUGGGGGAGAGGGACGAGUUUCUGUUUAAUACUGGAACAGUGGACCAGCCCAUUAUUUAUCUUGUACAUCAUGGAGAGCCUGGAUUGUCGUCGUCGUUUCUCCAAUGGUGACCAGCCUAGUGUUUCUAGCAUGCUGCCAACACUAGAGGUAUUCCUGUAGCGGUUUAGGACAAAACGUGCUGCUCGUCGCUGGACCGCCUCCAACCUGUCAAUGCUCUUCUGGGUAAAUGGGUCCCAGACUGAAGAUGCAUAAUCUAAAAUCGGACGGAUAAAGGCUUUAUAUGCUCUUUCUUUCACACAGGAGUUGCCAAUCUUUAGAUUUCGCCUUAAGAACCCCAAGGCUUGGUUUGCUUGGUUACAUACAUUGUUAAUAUGCUCGUCCCAGCGGACCUCUCUUUGAAUGGUAACACCCAGGUACUUUACGGAGGAAACUUGCUCAAGAAUAUGGCCGUGCAGUUUGUAUUGGUAGUGUAGAGGAGUACAACUUCUAGAGAUUGAUAGUGUCUGGCACUUGGCAGGAUGAAAUUCCAUGUCCCAGCUCAUCUCCCACUCAGCUAACAGAUUGAGAUCCUGUUGUAGCUGGUCCUGGUCAGAUCUGUUGGCGAUCGUCCUAUACACUGCUGUGUCAUCUGCAAACAGUCUUGCCUGUGAUGUCAGUUUCUCCGGUAGGUCAUUAAUGUAUGCUAGGAACAAACAGGGGCCCAGGACUGAUCCCUGGGGGACCCCUGACUUCACAUUGACAAAGGAGGAGCUUGUACCGCCCACCACUACUGCUUGGCGUCGGUGGCUGAGGAAGCUAGAGAUCCAUGUUUUAGUGGUGCCUUGAAUCCCAUAUAUCUGGAGUUUGUGUAGAAGCAAACUAUGAUUCACCCGGUCAAAUGCUUUUGCGAAGUCCAUUACUAGCAUUACAUGGGCUGUCAUCUAAGGAUAAAGAGCCUCAGCCUUCCAUGGUGUGGGUAUCAAGUUUAACUGCUGCAUCUCUGAUUCGUGGAACAUUUCCUAACUACAUGAUUGUAGUUUUAAAGGGAUUGUAAUGUCUAAAAUUUCAUGUAUCUUCAUUUUUUACCAACACUGUUGAUCUAAGCCGUGAAAUUCUGAAUCAAAGUUGAAAUAAAUGCGGGUAAAACAUAUCAUUUAAACUGAAUGCGUUUAACAGCAACAAAAAUCCUCAAUGUUGAUUUUAAAUAAUACUUUUUUAAUAAAAAAAACAUAUUAACCUCUUGAAACGAAUCCUAUUCAUAACUUGUUCUGUAACAUCCACAAUCCACAUGUUCGUAACUUGUGUUGUAACAUCCACACUCUACAGUUUUAUAAUGUGUGUUGUAACAUCCAAACUCCACAGUUUCAUAGUGUGUGUUGUAACAACCAAAACAGUUUCAUAAUGUGUGUUGUAACAUCCAAACUCCACAGUUUCAUAAUGUGUGUUGUAACAUCCACACUCCACAGUUUCAUAAUGUGUGUCGUAACAUCCCCACUCCACAGUUUCAUAAUGUGUGUUGUCACAUCCAAAACAGUUUCAUAAUGUGUGUUGUAACAUCCAAAACAGUUUCAUAAUGUGUGUUGUAGCAUCCACACUCCACAGUUUCAUAAUGUGUGUUGUAACAUCCACACUCCACAGUUUCAUAAUGUGUGUUGUCACAUCCAAAACAGUUUCAUAAUGUGUGUUGUAACAUCCAAAACAGUUUCAUAAUGUGUGUUGUAACAUCCAAAACAGUUUCAUAAUGUGUGUUGUAACAUCCACAGUUUCAUAAUGUGUGUUGUAACAUCCAAACUCCACAGUUUCAUAAUGUGUGUUGUCACAUCCAAACUCCACAGUUUCAUAAUGUGUGUUGUAACAUCCAAACUCCACAGUUUCAUAAUGUGUGUUGUAACAUCCACACUCCACAGUUUCAUAAUGUGUGUCGUAACAUCCCCACUCCACAGUUUCAUAAUGUGUGUUGUAACAUCCAUACUCCACAGCUUCGCCAUAGCUCCCAUCACAAUACCACUGAUACCCGUGGCCAUCACCUAUUCCCCACAAGAUCAGACCAUCUACUUCUCGGACGGCCAGAACGGCACAUCAGACAUUUACGUGGCCAACCACAGAGGCAGUAUUGUACGAACGUUCGGCUCUGCCAUACCAAAAGGUUUGCUUUUCUGAUCUGGCCUAUGGUUUGUUUUUUUUUUUUAAAUUUACAUUCUCUAUUUCCAAACAAAAGACACUAAUAAAUAGAUCUCUUGCCUUACUCUUGUCAAUAUCUUUUAAAAGUGGCGAGAGUGGUGGUGUAACGCUUUAGAUCUACUUUAAAGUAAAAAAAAUUAGGUCAAACACAGGCUAUACCAUAAGAACUAAUAAUAGGUGUUUUAAAUUUAAUGAAACAAAAUACAUCGCCUACAUUUUAAUGCACUACAGCAUUUUUAUUUUACUGAUUUUAAUGUGCUCUUUAUUACAAAAAUGAAUACAAAAUAUUUAAUUUUAAAAAUGAUUAACUAAUGUUUUAUUUUUCAUUCCAUUUGUUUCGUUUUCCAAUCUAGGGAGUAUCAUAGAUGGCCUAGCCGUUGACAUGAACAGAAACCUCCUGUUUUACACCGACUCUGGCCACGGGGCAGUAGUGUCGAUCACCCCCGAUGGGACGGUCAUCAAGAAUGUCAGCACGGGUAUAGGCAAGCCGAUGGGGGUCGCUUUGGAUAAGAAAUCUGGGUAAGCAUUUCCAAGAUUUAUUGCAGCCCCCACAAAACACACCCCUAUCUAAAAUGACUUGUGGUUAAAUAAAAUAAAAAAACUGUUAUACUGUUCCUGCUCUUAAAAUGGUAACACAGCACCACUGUUAAAUUGGUAACUGAGUAAUUCCUUAAAAUAGUAACACAGCACCACUGUUAAAUUGGUAACUGAGUAAUUCCUUAAAAUAGUAACACAGCACCACUGUUAAAUUGGUAAUUGAGUAAUGUCCUAAAAUAGUAACACAGGGCCACUGUUAAAUUGGUAACUGAGUAAUGUCCUUGAAAUAGUAACACGAUUAGUGCCCAUUAAAUUAGUAGCAUAUAGACGAUGUUAUACGAUGUUCACACGGACCGGGGCCGGCACUACGUUCGCUGGCCCCCCGGCCAAGCCUAACUUUGGAUCCUUGGACAAGCUUAACUUUGGCACACCGGGCAAGCGUCAAUUUGGCGCCCUGGGCAAGCUGAACUUUGGCGCCCCUUCCAAUUAUUAUCAUACAAAUUUGUGCAAGAAAAAUACUUAUGUUUAGAUAAUGAAUUUAUUACGUAGGUUGUUUUUCGUUGCUGUUGUUUGGUUUUUUUUAACAAAGAGUUUUAGAAAAAAAUACAAUUAUUCUCUUAGCUUGCACUUGGACAGAAUGAGCAAUUAUCCUACCGUUGGCACCAUCAACAAUUGGCAUACAGUGGAUUUUUUCCCUAACAUUUAGAUCAGCAAAUCUUUUUAUUGCACUUUCUAAUUUCAUCCAUGGCGCCCACAUGCAAUGAUUUUGCUUAUUUUUGGAGAUCUUUGAUGGUGCCCUAAGCUGCCCAAGUUGCCGGUACUUUGUGCCGGCUCUUCACCGGGCACAACAAUAGGUUAUAAAUGUACGUUUGAAGUCUAGCCAUCUCUGUGAACUAUUGACGUAAAAUCCUAAUAUGAAUUAUAUUAGAGAACUAGCAAAUGUAGCAGCUCUCUUAAUGUUGGCUCAUUGAACCUAAGGCUUGUGCCAACAAUUAUAUUUUCCUUUAAUAAGAUUUUAAAAUGGUGUAUCGAAAUGAUCAACUUCGUCUUGAACGAUUACUGCAGGGUCACUAUGGACGCAUUUACUACACAUGACGAUAAUGACUCGAUGUGAGCAGCACACAUUUUUGGUUUUAAAUCCUUAACAGCGACUUCGCUUUUGUUCGUGUGUUUCUGACAGAGUCUUCGGAUGGCUAAUUGACCCACUUACCGUCCCGUCACGACAUCGAGCUGCCACUUGGCACAUAGACUAGUUGCAGAUGACAACACAUUCUAUGAUAUGCUCAGCCCCAUCCCCACCAUCAACCCCCAAAAAUAAUUAUUUCACGUUUUUCAAGUAGGAAAUUAAUGAAAUGUAUUUUUUCAAUGGUUGGGGUGAGUAAUUGUGUAGCUGUUGAUAUGGGCUUCAGUUUAUUUAAAACGUAUGUGGGUAACAAGUAAAAAUAUAUUUUUUUUUUUUUAAAGGGGGAAAUUAAGGAAAAUUGAAACGUUUUUUCGCCAGAAGUUUACCCAUUCACAUAAACACUUCUUAAUAAAAUUUCGCACAAUUACAUAAAUGCGAACAAAAAUGCUUAUUAAGGAUUUAUACGAGUUCUUUUUUUUUGGGUUAUAUUUGCAUUUUUUAUUCGUUUUUUUUUCUGUCCCAAAAAACAUUCAUAUUCUAAAAUCGGCUCUAGGAUUAUUCAAAUGAUAGAUUUACGGGUGGACAAUCAGUUCUUGGCAUUGCUUAAAACAAAAGCACAUUUAAAAAAAAUGUAAAAUCAUUCCCUCAGAGUUGUUUACUGGACCGACUGUGGAACCCCGGCCAAAAUUGAGAAGUCCAACUAUGACGGGACAAACAGGCAAGCCAUCGCAAGCACAAACCUGGACCUACCAAACGGGAUAGCCGUGGAUUCUAAGGGUAAACCCUGAUAAUCUUUAGUCCACUGAUCUCCUAAUUUUUUUUUUAUUUCUAAAACAGAAAAUGUAAGUGAAGCUGAGUUACUUUGAUAAUUUUUUUUUUAAAUUUUAAAAUCAACUCACCCCUCCCACAAAAGCUCAAUAUCUGUUUCUUAGAGGUUGAUGUAGUUUGUGAAAGAGAAUCCAAGUUGGCCGUUUGUAUAGUUUGGAACUGGACGUUUAUAUAGAGGGAACUGACCAUUUAUAUAGAGAGAACUGGCCGUUUAUAUAGAGGGAACUGGCCGUUUAUAUAGAGGGAACUGGCCGUUUUAUGGAGUGUUGAAAUUAGUGACCGAAAAUUAAAUGCCAUUAACAACGACUUUCAAAAAAGUUUUGAAUUCUAUAGAUUGAAAUUUUAAAAUUUCUUAAGCCGAUCAAUGCAGUACGUACACAUUUCUAAAAAAAUUAUAUUUAUAUAGUUUAAAGAUAAAUCCGUCCAAUGUUAACAUAACAAAUUUCAAUUAGAGUUGAACAAAUCAAAGGAGUCUGAUUUCAUCUCCUAUCAGAUUAAAUGUUUGCUUUUGUAUCCAGCCGGCCUCGUAUACUUCUGCGACGCCGGAAGUAAGACGAUCGAAGUGAUGAAUACGGACGGGACCAAUAGGAAAGUCCUGUACAAGGACUACAGAUCCCAGUGCUACUCGAUCUCCCUCACGUCCAAGUACAUCUUUUACAGUGACUGGGCCAGACUGUGAGUAUGGCAUAGUUCACGUGCAUAGUUUUAGUCUACUUGGGGGAGACUUUAAUAAUAGGCACAAGCUAAGCCUAAAGUACCAGGUUUUUACGCCAUAAUCAUAUCUACUGAUUAUCCAUCGGCACGUAUUGAACAAAGAAUGAUGGCAGUUUCUGCAAACAUCAUUCCAAAUUGAGUUACUAGUUUGCACUAGUUAAAUUGUGUUCUAUUUCCUGACGCACCUGUGAGGAAGCAUUGGUACCCCCGGGGGCACCACGGCACAUAACUCGUUAACCUCUGCACUACGCCAUAUAAUACAUUUGGGUUGUGUUUCUUUUUUUUAACUUCAUACCCCAUCAGGAGAGCCUAAGUUACAUUCAUAUGGAAACAAAGAGGUGUUGGCGGGAGAGGCUGUAGUCAGGUUAGGUCAAAGGAAAUGCGCGAAGCAAUUGUGGGAGAAUCUUUAAAAGGGGAAAUAAAAAAUAACGAAAGUGUCGGCAAGAAGCCUUCUUCAGCAAACAAACAACAGUGAAGAUGAAAUAAAAAUAAUGCUUAGUUGUAUUGUAGAAUCCGAGAGGAUAACAAGAGGAAUGGGACAGAUUGGUCGUGUCCAGUUUAAUUUCUCUCCAACAUGUGUUCGAAAUGUCCUAUACUUUGUCUCCCUCAUUUUCCUGCUAAAAAUCAAAGCUCUCUUCAUAUUUCAGAUAAUUUCAUGUCACCUCUGUAUUAACUCGUGAAUUCGUUUAUACAUUUGCAGAAACAUCAUGAGACUGAACAGAGAUGGAACCCACGAACUUCCAGUUGGACCAGACACCUUCACACAGAUCUACGGCGUGUACGCCUACGAGUCUGGAUUCUCAUAAAUGCGUCAGGACCACUUACGAGUAGCUAAACUCAUUUCUAUGAACAUGGCCCCGUUUCGCAAAGAAAAUAUUUUGCAGUUCAUUUGAUGUCAUGCCCGCUUUACAGUUUGGCUUACUUUGAUGUGGGCGUUGUCCUGGUUGGGUGUGGAAAGAAACGAUCGUCCUGCUUGCAUUGAACAUUUGUGAAACUGAACGUCAUUCAGAAUAAAAAAUUAAAAACUAA